AAAAUGGGCACCUUUGGGUCCUAAAACUAUUUACCAUCAGCCAUAUUAACAGAGCUCUGAGCCAUCGACAAAAUGCAAAACAUAUUGAACAAACUCAUUGGUGCCAAGUAUAUUGCUAUUGCGAGAGCUUGGGUUCCCACGAUGGUUGGUUGGGGCACAGUUGGUGGAGUGGCUUUAGUUCACUUCACUGAUUGGAGAUUGAUUCUGGACUAUGUCCCCUACAUAAAUGGCAAAUUCAAGAAGGAAGAAUAGCUUUUCCACGCAAUAAAGCAUGGGAGCAGGACCAGAGCCUGACUGAAGACUUUAUUCUGUUUGAGAUGGAAGGAAUGGAUGGAUUGUUAAGCCAGUGGUGUUCUUACAGACAUUGCAGUUUGUUGUCUGCAAUUCCUUAAUUGUCAAUAAAUAAAAUAAAUUAUGUGUUUUAAAGUACACAUAAAUAAAUCACAUGGGUGAUGCUGACCCACUUUGU